CUUUGUCUUUCAUUUUUGGUUCGGACACGCUGGGUUAAGUUUCAGGCUAUGCCAAAAUGGGCACAACUUCCACAAAAACGGCUCUUCUAUUUCAACAGAAAAAGUGUUUAAAAUGAAGGGCUUAUUUGUUUUGCUCAUAUUGUGUCUGUGUUUCGCUCCUGGUAAUGAUGACAAUGAUGACAGAGAAGAAGUGUUUAUGAUGGAGGGAGAUUCAGUCACUCUGCACACUGAUGUUAAAACAAUCCAGCAAGAGAGAAUUACAUGGUAUUUUAAUGACACUCGCAUCGCUCAAAUACGCGGAGAUCGGAGUAAGAUCUGUACAGAUGAACAGUGUAAAGAGAGAUUCAGAGACAGACUGAAGCUGGACGGUCAGACGGGUGAUCUCACCAUCACAGACAUCAGAACCACAGAUGCUGGAGUUUUCCAACUUCAUGCAGUCAGCAAAAGAAUGAUUCAAAAGGUCUUCAAUGUCACUGUUAUUGAUGUGUCUGGUGCAGAAACAGAUCAAACAAAUGCCAAGUCAGCGAUGGAGGGAGAAUCUGUCACUUUAGAUCCUGGUCUGGUAAAAAAUCCAAAUGAUUCAAUGACAUGGUUUUUUAAUGAUGCUUUCAUCGCCGAAAUCACUGGAGAUCAGAGUAUGAUCUGUACAAAUGAUCAGUGUGAAGAGAGAUUCAGAGACAGACUGAAGCUGGAUCAUCAGACUGGAUCUCUGACCAUCAUCAACAUCAACUCCACAGACGCUGGACUUUAUAAACUACAAAACAGCAGCCACAUCCAUCCUCACCACAGCAUCAUCAGUAUCAGACGGUUCAGCAUUACUGUCACUGGUGUGUCUGGUGUUGAGACCGAUGGAGUGUCAGUGUCUGUGAUGGAGGGAGAUUCAGUAACUCUACAUACAGAUGUUGAAAUAAGCCAACAGGAUACAAUGAGAUGGUAUUUGAAUGACUUUCGCAUUGCUCAAAUCACUGGAGAUCAGCGUAAGAUCUGUACAGAUGAUCAGUGUAAAGAGAGAUUCAUCGAUAGACUGAAGCUGGAUCAUCAGACUGGAUCUCUGACCAUCACAAACACCAGAACCACAGACUCUGGAGAUUAUAAACUACUAAUAAGCAGCAUACAAAUCAUUCAAAAGAUCUUCCAUGUUGCUGUUCAUGAUGUUCCUGCUGAUGAACGAGAUGAAAUGGAGAGAAAGUCUGUGCAUGAAGGAACAUCUGUCACUUUAGACAGUCAAGAAAUAACAAACAAAAAUUAUUUGAUGAGAUGGUAUUUUAAUGACAUUCUCAUCGCUGAAAUCACUGGAGAUCAGAGUAAGAUCUGUACAGAUGUUCAGUGUGAUGAGAGAUUCAGAGACAGACUGAAGCUGGAUCAUCAGACCGGAUCUCUGACCAUCAUGAACAUCAGAACAACAGACUCUGGACUUUAUGAGCUAAAGAUCAUCCACAGCAUCCGCCGUCGUCACAGCAUCAGCAUCAUCCACAUGAAGAGAUUCAGCAUUACUGUCACUAAUUCAAGUCUACCUUCAGGAGUUAUAGCAGGAAUAUGUGCUGCUGUUGUUGGUGUUCUGCUGGUGAUUGUAAUUGUCAUUUGUGUAAAGUGGAAUAGGGGCCAUACGAACAAUGUAAUAUAACAAUGAUGUAAUGCAACAGUGUAAAAUUACUGUUUAAAUUAACAGUGGGUUUAAUUGAUUUUUGUAUCAGCAUGAUGCUAUGUCCCUGAUUUAGUAUCAUGGUGUAACAUCAAUUUUAGGUUUAAAUUAUCAUCACUGUGUGAUGGAGAUGAUUCACCUUCACCAGCGUUUCCAUGGGUCCUUAACAAUGUUUUAACUGUUGGAUCUAAUUUAAGGGCAUAAAGAGUCUUAAAAUAUACUGGAAUGUAUCCAAGUGAAUGUUUUCACUUUCCGAAAAAUCUUAAUUAUGAUUUCAAGAGAUUCUACAUUUGAGAAACUGUGUUAUUGCUUAAUGUGAGUAAACUUUAGAAGGCUAUGAUUUCAUUGGAAUGCACAAUAUUUAUUCUAAGACAAUAGAGCACAUUUACUAAUGACAAUUGAAUGUCUGGGAAAAACGCUGUAUUUUCACCAUUGCAAAAGCGCCACCUGUUGUCAGACAAUGAAUUCGCAUAUAUAAUUAGCCCGUCUGCUGUUUCUAUUCAGAACAAUUUGAAAAUCGACCCAUAAUUUUAAACAACUGUACAUGUGAACCAUUAAAUCACAGACAAGCUAACUGAAAAAAACAACAACAACAAUAAUAAUAAUAAUACAAAUAAAAAUAAUAAUAAUAAUCACCUUGCUGCCAAAGUAAAAUUUUUCAUUUUCUUUAAGUUUAAUAAAACAUAUUAUUAUGGUGUAAAUGUUUUAAGAAAAUUCAUUGAUUUUAUUUUUUUUAUGAAAGGUAUGUCUGGUGAGUGAGUUUCUAAAAUAGUGUCAUAUUAUACUGCAUUUUAAGAUAUUACAUCAUUACUAACUGGACAUGUAAUUUAAGGAAUAUUACUCUCGCACUCUCUCCCUCUCUCUCUCUCUCUCUAUCUCUCUCUUUAGUAAGCUG